GUAUGAUAAUUUCGUUAUUGGGACUUCAAGAUAUGUCCCAGUUGAGCGGAAUUAUCGUUAAACAAUAUUCUAUAUAUCAUUGCACGCUUACGUGUAAAUAUACCUGCAGUUAAUAUAUCGUCGCACGAGAUUUCUGGUAACCUUCUCGUGCGCUUGAAUGUUUUCAGCGGCUUCGUACUGUUCUACUGUUCUGCUCUUGAGGUCUGCUUGGUAAUGAACAACUCUACAUCGCAAAGUCAGGAAGUUAAUACCAUUCGCAGCCAAAUCGAGGAGUGGUCCACAGCCGUCAUCAUUAGCGUCUGCAUCGUAAUACUGAUGUUCGGUGGCAUCCUUGUUCUCUACCCAAUGCUCCAGCCACGUCACAGCAAACCCAUUCUGAACCCGACGUUUUUCCUGCGGAAGCACUGCAACACGACAGCGUGCAUCCACAUCGCAGACAUCCUGAACCAUACCAUGAACAGCAGCGUCGACCCGUGCGUUGACUUCUACAACUAUACUUGCGGUAAUGUACCCGAAGGGCCUUAUAAUCUGAGGACGAGGCUGUUACGGGAAGGUGCACUCCAGGAACUAUUGUCUCAAGCCAAUAACGCAUCCACUAGUUCAGCACUUGGCAAGAUGUUCAUGCUCUACGAUUCCUGCACCAAGGGAAGAUCUCGAGAUGACCGGGAGGCCUUGAGAGCGUUCCUCCGUAAACAUGGGCUGAUGCUCGGGGGUGGAAAUACCGUCUUCACGGACCCCGUAGAGACGAUGUUUGCUAUUGCGGGAAAGAUACAGGACGGGAUUUUGAUUCACCUAGGCUUUGACAUCAACUCGCGCAUUAUAAAACGGUCGUCUCGCAACCCAUGGUUUCACCCGUUCCGUCUAGAAGUGAGUCCCAGUUAUAAAGCGGGAUCCAAGAUGAGAAGUUCCGUUCGCAGCAUCGUUACCGACGUCCUGCUUCUGAUAUGGGAGACAUCAGCGAACGCGAGCUUCCUUGCCACAGCUGACGAACUCAGCACGACUAUGAAAGAAGUUCGCAUACAGUUUGAACGAGCAUAUAGAACUCAAAAAGAUUGGACACCGGUGCAAAUGAAGCUCGGAGAAGUGGCAACUGUUCACAAUUUUCUUAAGACGGAGUACCUCGUUAAGUACAUCGCGCGUGAUAACACCACUGAAGACGUGCGACUUACAUUCGAUGGGCAAGGUUUCUUCAAAUUCAUAGACGGACUUCUCGAAACUAUUCAACUAAGGCGGCUGUCGAAUUUCCUGGCUUGGGAACUUGGACGUCAACUUUUCUACGUAUUCGAUGCUCCCGUCCCGCAAGAACUGCAUUCUUCCUGUUACCUGGCGGUUGAAAUGCUCAUGGGUCCAGGAGCUGCGUUCAGUUCGAAGAUAUUCGACGAGGUUACAACAGCCGCUAAAGAACGCGGUGAUCAGAUACUAAAUCUAAUAAAGCUACAAGUUUCGACAACUAUUGAUAAGUUACCAGGCAGAAACGAGACAGAAAAGGCCUACAUGGAUGUUCAGGCUCGAAGGCUCGAAAGGACGAAACGCAGAAUACUUUUUCCGUACGCUCUGGAGAGCAAAGCUGAUUAUGAUAGUAGUUUGGGUUACGUGAACGUCUCACCGAACAGCAGCUUCGUGGAUAACUUGAUCAGCAUCGCUGAAGCAACUUGGCUGAAUACGAGAGCGCGUGCCCGUCGUCAGUGGUUAGAGUGGACGGGAAUUGACAGUGCGGUUACGUAUCGCCCCGGAGAAGUCCUGCUCAUUCCAGCGACGUAUCUUUUACCCCCUUUGUUCGUUCCUGCAGAGCAUCGAGAAAUAAACUUCGGUACCUUUGGAUGGGCAGUCACCGAAGAAAUUUGGAAUGCCUUUCGCACCGAAGAACCAGGGCCACACACUAGGCAGUAUUUGGCCAAGUCCUUUUCGGAGAACACGAGGUGCUUGCGCCACGAUUCAGCAGAUAUGGCCCACGUUUUCUACGCUACAGCCAUGGCUAUGGUGGUGAAAGCCUUCGAGUUCAACACAACAGCUGUCCAGGACCAGGCCUGGAAAGCGACAUUACAGUUGCUCUUUCUGUCAGCAUGUCUCGGAGACUGUGGAGCAGAAAGGAGGGCGAAUGACGGGGUCGCGCGAAGAUGUAAUAUUGCUACGAUGAAUAUGAACGAAUUCGCCUGGGCGUUCGAGUGUCCCGAUGAAGACUCACCAGGGGAAGGAGCCUUCUGCGACUUUUAGGAAUAAGGUUCGCUCAUUAAAAUGUUCCUAUAUAUG